GUUAGGGUGGAACCGCCGUUUUCCACUCCUGUCCCCGCCGAGGUCUCGCUCCGUCUGCUAGAUAAACCUACUGCUGAGUUGUAUCUUACUUUUUGUGAAAUCGAGUUCUUCAUAAAUGGCAAAGAUCUGUCAUCUACCAUGGAAUCAAGGCUUGUUCCAAAAGUCACUUCUGAAAAUGGCGAAUCCCAGUGCAAGGUGGUAUGUGCUGUUCUGCAUAGCCCUGUGGGAAAAAUUGAAAUCUCUGGGUGUGAAACAGGCUUACAUGAGAUAAAGCUUCCAAAAAUGAAUGUCCUACCAAAUAGCGCCGGCGAGACCCGGGCGACGUGCGAGGUCGACGCCGGCCCCGCGCCGCUGCCGCCGCCGCUGCAGCAGUGCGCCGCUUGGCUGCGCGCCUACUUCUGCGAGCCGGCGCUGACGCUGGCGCUGCCCCUGCCCGCCUUCCACCACCGGCUCCUGCAGCGAGCUUCGUUCACCAGACAGGUUUUGCAGACCCUGAUGCGGGACGUGAAGUUCGGCGAGGCCGUUUCCUACAAGCAGCUAGCAGCGCUAGCAGGCAACGGCAGGGCGGCGAGAGCGGUGGGAGGCGCGAUGCGAAGCAAUCCCAUCCCGAUCAUAAUUCCGUGCCACCGCGUGAUCCGCAGCAGCGGAGAGGCCGGCAGCUACGGCGGAGGGAACCUCCUGAAGGAGUGGCUGCUGUCGCACGAGAAGCGGCACAAGGAAGAGCUGGCGCGCUGACGCCGAGGAGCCUCGCGCGCCGGGCACGCAGCGCCCAGACCCUGCCUGGCGGCCAGCUUCCCGGCGGAGGAGCGGCGAACGUCUGAGCGACCUGUAAAUAUAAUGCAGCACCCGAAGUGAAAUGCGUGGUGGCACCGCUGCAUUAGGAAAGCUGGACGUGCCCUAAGGGAUGCCGCUCGGGUGCCCUUUCUUGUUCCUGCCUUUUGCAGCAGAAUGACUGCCGCGGGCUGGGCCGUUGCGCGCGUAUUUCGUUCCUGUCUCCGGCGCUGUUUUGUUCUAUUUUUAAUGUCCAUUAAAGCAAGGAUAAGGGGGUGGGAGGGACGUGGCAGCCGCGAGGUGCGACUGUCCCUCCGAGGGACGCGCACGCGCUCGUUCGUGGGACGCGCCGAGCGCCAGUCCCAGGGAAACAGCCUUUGAAUUGCUCGCUCACCGCAUUUUUUCACCCAAGAUACCGACAGAAACGUGGCCUUUACGAGCAGCGCGGAAAGGCAGCUCGGGAAGGAGGUGCUGGCAAACCAUAGCAAAAGCAGGGAGGUUGCCCAAACUUGCACAGAAUAUUGCGAAAUAGCAUCUUAGUUGUGUCUUUUUGUCAGCAAUGCUUCUAUCGCUCGGUUUGCUUCACGUUUUUGCAUUUCCCUGUUCUAGGAAGGUUUAUUUCCCGUAGAAAGGAUUCCGCUAUUCGAGAGGUGUCAGAGCUAAAUCUCCUGGUUGUUCAAAAAGGGCUCUCUGGAAAGACAAACCAGCAGGAGCUGAAAUCUUCAGUACGGGAAUCGUAAAUUCUAACGUGGAAAUACUGAUUUUUAUGUGGUUUGUCGGGUUUUCAUAGAUGUCUCUUUAGAAAGGCCAUUGCUAACCAAGAAACGACUCUGUUCCGGUGUGUUAGUUAAUGUAGCAGUAUUGGUAUCUUGGAAUUACUUCAGUAAAAGAACUGCUUUGCAUGUGCAA